AUGUCCGCGUCGAAAUUAGAAUGUUGUUGUGGGAGGGGUGAUUGUCCAUACCUAGAGCAUAAUUCAGCUACUUUGGCUGAGUUGGAAAGAGAUGUGGAAACUGCCGCACGGCUUGGUCAGGCCCUGCUCGACCGCCAUGAGUCCUACAAAGCCGAAUCAGAGAGCAACCUGGACCGGAUGACUGCGGAGAUGGAAAAGCUGCAAUCAAGCAAGAAGGAAGUGGAAAUAGAAAAUGCGCGAAUUGUGGAAGAAAACCGUGGUCUGCUCGACCAGUUGGAGAAGUUGAAUCAACUCCUUACAGAGUCAGAUGCACAGGUCAGGACUCUGACUACCACGUUACAAAGUACUCAGUUGGAGGUUAGAAGGCUGUCAUCCUCCUCCAAGCGUGUUGAGCAGCUAGAGGAACAACUGCUUCAACUCGAGAAUGAGCAGGCUCAACUGGAGGAUACUCUCGUUUUGACUCAGGAGAGCGAGAGUGCGGCUAUUCAACGAUGGAGGAAAGCGGAGUGUGCGCUCGGGGAUUUGCAUGACCAAAUCGAUCGGAUCGAAAGGGAAGCGAGACAAGAACGUGAGAGGCAUGUCGAACUUAUCGGGAGGUUAGAACGACGACGGAUGGUAGAGAGAGAGCUGGAUACAGCGGCUGGUCGAAUCAAGGGUGCCGCGGCUUCUGCAUCCCUCUCACGAAACGGGACCGGAACAAAUGUGGUGUCCCAUUUCGUGCGGGAUAUCUUGAAGGAUAACGCAAAUCUCCAGCAAUGCGUUACCGAGCUUAAGGAGAUGCUUCAGAGCUCCAAUGAAGAUGUAAAGUAUCUGCAAGAGCAAUUACUACUUCACCAACCUCUCCCCCCUAGUUCUAUCGAAGAGCAUGCCUACGGUAACCUUGUUCCACUCAGUGAAGAACUCGAAGAUAAAAUACCGGAACAAAUACCGGAGCAAAUACCCCAGGAGAUUCAUGUGCACCACCAUUUCCACAACCAAAUACCAACUCCGUUGAGGAAGGAGAAGCAAAUCCCUAUACAUCGGCGUCAAAGGAAAAGGAGGCCUGUCCUGCCUCCAACUCUCCACGAAUCUUCCACCAGGGCACUCCCGAUGGCACAGGCUAUGCACAGACCUACUAACUCAGCAUCGUCAGUCACUAGUGUCUUCUCGCAAGCUUCGACUUCACUGCCAGGAGCAGCGUCUGCCCUUUCAUCCAUACCCAGUUCUCCGCUCUCAGGGUAUAGAACAUCGUCCAUAUUUGAUCGCCAUGACUCGGGCUUUGACUCGUCUCGGCCAACUAGCCCGGAGAGUGUGGUGUUUUCGCCGCCACGGUACAAAACGAGCCACCGCCCGAGGCUUUCGGACGCCUCCUUCCGCUCAAUUCACGAAACCGAUGAGCUAGACAAGGGUGAAUCUCCCUUAUCACCAGUUGAAGUAAUGGCUCAGCCACAAUAUCACGAAGGAUAUCAGUCACACGAAGCUGAUGGCCCUAACGGCAACUCUAUUGAGGCCACACCUAACCUGCAGCAAAGCAACGAAGACGUGUGUUCAUCGGAGCGUAAGGGUUCAAUCGGUGGGCCUAGUGAAGAAGUAGUGGAUGAUCGUAUCAAACCGCAAGGUGGCUCAAUGGAAACCCACACUGGCUCCCUGAUCCAUUCUGCAAACCUCACUCGCCGGCCGCAUCGUUCUGCCUCUCAUACAAGCCUUAUUUCGGUUUCCGGUAUGGAUAUACAUACGACAAGCAAACACCCUACUUUAGCAUUAAGGGCUGCUCCAACUUUCUUCUCGAGGCCUCCAAAGCGCGUAUCGAGUGCUCACAUAAUGUUCCCGUCUCCCACUCCAAUCAUUUCGAGGACGAACGCCAUCGUACCCAAAGCGUCUUUGACUGGCGAACAGACUUCAGUCUCCUUACUUACUUCUGUUGUGUCUUCAAAUGGCAGGAAUCUCCGAGCUGUAUCUGACAGUGUUACUCAAACCCACAGUGAUGCAGCCUCUACCAUCUCAGCCUCAUCAGAACCCUCAUUUCCUGCAAAGGCCGGAAUGCCUACCCGAGCUAUCGGCAUCAGAAAGCGCAUGGGUGGCUGGGUACGGGACAGAUGGUCUACGAGUGCAAAUGAUGAAGCAGCUAGCCAUGCAUUUUCCCUUCCUGCAGGACCUUUGGUACCACGACCACCAGGCGUUAACCAGAGAGGGCCUAUCCUUGGCUUACGCCCGCCCCCGCCCGCUCCAGUGUCACUUCACCCGGAAAACCUUAACCGUGACCUACUACAAGAGUCUCUACUCGAGUAA